ACUUUUAUUUUGGAAUGCUCGUGAAACUCGACACAGAGGAGGGAUGUUACUUCAAGAGCCCGUCGCUUUUAAAUCUCUCUACAUUGUACUAACUUCUCGAUAUUUCAGUCAGUAUACCCUUGAAUUUAAAAAAACCACCGACUAUUUUGGACAUUAAACGCUCGGUUUGUGUAAAGAGGUGGACAGGAUGUAUUUAAGUGAGGACUGUGGCGCUGUGUAUGUCAGGGAGAAAGGAGAACUGCGAUAUGUCAGUGCAGACAAGAAUGAUGCUCCGCAGCACAGACUCUUCACCAGAGACUUCUCAUUUCAACUCUGCAUCGACACUUUACCCUCCGCGAGCCGCACAAAGAGAAGAGACCACUUCAUAUUUACCUACAACAAGGAGGGGAGUCUGCGGUACACGGUGAAGUCUUUAUUUGACAUAUCGUUACAGUUCAUCGCUGAUCAUAUUGAGCAUGUGGACUCGCUGGUCGGUUUUCCUGAGCAAAUGGCUGAUAAGUUGUUCUCCGCCGCCGAAGAGAGACACAAAUUCACUGAGCCUCAUACUGCACCCAGAGCUCUGCAGGUCUUCUGUGAGGCCUAUGGAGAACUAGUGCUGAAAUCCCUGUGUUUGAGGAACAGGUACCUUUUGAUUUCUGAAAGGUUGGAAGAGAUCAGACAGUUUCAGAGUCUGGAGUGCUUGGACCUCUAUGGCUGUAGAUUAGGUGACAACCAUGAGGUUUUUAAAUACAUAACCUCUGAAGCCCUGGCUAGUCUUGUGAAACUUUUCAUAGGUGCAAACUGCCUUUCUGAUGCAGGCCUGCAGAGACUGACAGCACCGGUGAGGGUGAUGAAGAAAGGCCUAGAAAGCCUACAGAUUUUGGACCUCUCUGAGAAUCCCAUCACUGAGAAAGGUCUCGGAUAUCUAACGUGCUUUAAAACGCUACAGAAACUAGACCUAUCUAGGACGAAUGUGACGGUGAAUGUGUCUUUGAAAGGUUUCUUCAGAAAGAAGAUGAGAAUGGUCCUCUCAGAGACCCCUUUGAACGAGUUCGGACACUCUGAUUGCAACACAGAAGGCUGGGCUGAACAGGUAAUAAACCAAUGGGAAAUUACAGCUUCAGAAGUACCAAAGAAAUACUCCAAACCAAGAACAAAUGCUCUUCGUUUCUAUGGAAGAGAAAAGUUUGUUCGAGAGACAUUGAACUCCAUGUCUGGGACAAGUGACACCACAAACAAAGACAAAGUUGUGCCAAUUCACUUUUAUACGGUUGACCUCUGUGGCACGAGCUCAACAGCAGAACACAGCACACAUUCAUCAACAGUGGCAGCAGUUCACAAGGGAAAGAAGAGGAGACUAUCAGAGGAAGAGCAAAGUUCAGCUCCUCUCGCAAAGCGCCAGUCUUUGCCAGCUCUGUCUGCGGAGGACUUGGAUCUGUUAAAUAGUUACUGAAUGGACACACACGUGUGACAUGUAUGCAGUGCGUUCCUCUGUGAGGAACAUGACACUGGAAUGCUUUUAUUAUGGAUUAUUUAUAAUUAAAAAAUAUCUCGCUUU